CUCGGCGUGUGUUUAUUGUGUAUUCAUCGCAGUAAUGUGCUGCUCUAGUGUCUGGAUUGUCUGUGGAGAGGAUAAACCAGGAUGGUAACGUGUUGUGUCUAACAAGCUUCACCUUGACAAAAAACAACUGCCACCCUCCCCUGAAUUUUUCUUGUGAGCACUUGAAAUUUAGCAGUCAUGUCUAAUCUUAACAAUGCACUUUGCAUUGAAAGCGGCCAGAGCACCGACGUGUCACUCUUGCAAAAGGAUAAUCUUCAGGACGGUGGAUUAAGCCAGCUGUUGGAUUACAAUGCUGAAAUGGAAAGGUACAGGUCGUUUGCAAACUUUUACAAAACCAAUGGGGCAUUUCCACAGACCGCUAAGAUUGCCCGCAUAACGACACCAAUUUUUCCCAGCGCCAGAAUCGGUGUGUCCCCUUGGAACUGUGAUAACGGCAUGCUCUGGGGAAGGAAAUCAGCAGCAAUAAACCCUAAUAGGACCAGCAUGCAUAGAAACGACUCCCAAAGGCCGGGGAAACCUGGCAUGCCGCCAGAGACGCUGCAAAUGGCAAAUAAUAAUUUCCUCUCUAGCUUAUCCCCUGAACACUGCAGACCUUUAGCAGGAGAAUGCAUGAACAAGCUGAAAUGUGGUGCUGCUGAAGCAGAGAUAAUGAAUCUCUCGGAACGUGUUGGAACUUUUUCAGCUAUUCCGGCUUUAGGGGGCAUCUCAUUACCUCCCGGGGUCAUCGUCAUGACAGCCCUUCACUCCCCCGCAGCCUCAGCAGCCGUUACAGACAGUGCGUUUCAAAUUGCCAAUCUGGCAGACUGCCCACAGAAUAAUUCCUCCGCAUCCAGCGGAAACCCAGCGAAAAAGAAAAGGAAAAGGUGUGGGGUCUGCGCGCCCUGCAGGAGGCUAAUCAACUGUGGAGUGUGCAGCAGUUGUCGGAACCGUAAGACGGGCCACCAGAUCUGCAAGUUUCGGAAAUGCGAGGAGCUAAAAAAGAAGCCUGGCUCAUCACUAGAGAGGACGCCAGUAAACAACGGGGAAGCCUUUCGAUGGUUCUUUUAG